GAGGAAGAGAGAGAGAGAGAGAGAGAGAGAGAGAGAGAUGGCCGAAAUUAUAGCGACUGCCAACGGUGAUUUCCACGACUUGAAGUCGCUUCUGUCCGCCAAGGACAGGGACUAUCUUGUCCAGAAAAACGGCGACCAGGUGAAACUUGCCAAUUUGGAUGGGAAGAUUGUCGCGCUCUAUUUCUCAGCCUCACAGAGCAGUCCAUGCCAGCGGUUCUUCUCAAAUUCCAUCGAAAUAUAUCAGGAGCUCGCCGCAAAAGGCGAUUUCGAAGCCAUCUUCAUUUCACGCGACAAAGAUGAGAAAUCUUUCAAUGAAUACUCCUCCAAAAUGCCGUGGCCCACCAUCCCAUUUUCGGAUUCGACCACCCGCGACCGUCUGAUCGAAUUGUUCCAGGUGAAAAAGAUUCCCCGCCUUGUGAUUCUCAAUGGGGAGGGGAAGAUCCUGAGGAAGAAUGGUGUUUCAGUCAUCACGGAGUAUGGAGCGGAUGCGUAUCCUUUCACAGAAGAGAGGUUGGAAGAGCUGAGAGAGGAAGAAGAGAAUGAGAAGAAAAAUCAGACGUUGAGAUCUUUCCUGGUUUCCCGCUCCCGCGACUUUUUGAAUUCAAAUGAUGGAAACAGGGUCCCAGUCUCUGAUCUUGAAGGUAAGAUGGUGGGCCUCUAUUUCUCAUUGAGCUCUUUGAAACCAUGCCGCGAAUUCACUACAAAUCUCAUUGAAAUCUACGGGCAGCUGAAGGAGAGAGAAGAGAAUUUCGAGAUCGUUCUCAUCUCUCUCGACAACCAACAUCAAUCCUUCAAAGAAGAGUUUGAGAGAAUGCCAUGGCUUGCAUUGCCAUUCAUGGACAAGGGCCUUUCUAAGCUGAUCCGCUACUUCGAUCUCAAGACACUUCCUACACUUGUAAUUAUCGAUACCGAUGGAAAGACGCUGCAUUCCAACGCUGUUAAGAUGAUCGAGAAUCAUGGAAUUCAAGCAUAUCCAUUUACAGCAGAGAGGUUGGCUGAGCUUGUGGAGAUAGAGAAAUCAUGGUUAAAAUCUCAGACGUUGGAAUCGCUUCUCGUGUCUGAAGAGAGAGAUUUCGUUAUAGGUAAAAGAGGUGUCAAGGUUCCAGUGGCCGACCUUGUUGGGAAACACAUCCUCUUAUACUUCUCGGCGCAAUGGUGCCCGCCCUGCCGUGCUUUCUUACCGAAGCUGAUCAAGGCCUACCAUGAGAUCAAGGCCAAGGAUGACGCCUUUGAAGUGAUCUUCGUCUCCAAUGAUAGCGACGAAGCCUCCUUUGAUGACUUCUUCUCAGAAAUGCCUUGGCUGGCACUCCCUUUUGGCGAUGGGAAGGGACCGUCCUUGAUGGGCACAUUCCAAGUAUCCGUAAUCCCAACGCUCAUCGCGAUCGGGCCCACUGGCAAGAUGAUCACCAAGGAAGCUAGGGACCUUAUUAAGGUCCACGGCCCGCAGGCGUAUCCUUUCACAGAGGAGCAUCUCAAGGAGAUGGAGGCCCAGGUCGAGGAGAUGGCGAAGAGGUGGCCAGAGAAGGUGUCUCACCUGUUCCAUGUAGAGCAUGAGCUCGUGUUAACCCGUCGAACAGUGUACAUUUGCAACGGCUGCAAGGAGAGGGGAUUGAAGUGGUCAUACUACUGUGAAGAAUGUGACUUUAAUCUCCACCCCAGGUGUGCCUUGGAGGAAAACAAGAAGGAAGAUGGUGAUGAUAUGGUGGGCCAUGUUGACAGUGGCCAUGAUGGUGAUGUUGGGGAUGAAGAAACUUUUAAGGAUGGAUGUAUAUGUGAUGGGGAGGUUUGUUAUAAAGCUUAUAAAGCUUGAGGUGUUGUUGAACUCUACUUGUAUUUUAUGUAUGGAUAAUUGGAUGAUAUCUUCAAGCUCUGUGUGUAUUUUACUCUGCAGAGAUUUCAAUGAAAUGGUGUCUUGGUUAUUUUCGA